AGUAAAAAUAGGCCCAGAGCAAACUGAUCACACACAAGUGAUCUCUGAUCCCGUCCAGUUCCUUCCACUUCAACCGCAUUGCCGCAAAACUAUUUUCAUUAGGUAUCCUAUUAUGCAGAAGUGAAAUUCUUGAUGAAAUAUGGACCCAGAUGCAUUCAGUAGGCCUAUGAUAUGAAAUCCAAAUUUGCAAGAGAAUAUAUCUGACAGUGACAGUAUCAGAAUUUAUAUGACACAAUAUUAAUCUAUAUUAUGAAGCGUGCUGCCUGGCUAGAUUUUCGAGAGAGAGAUCAUGUCAUUGUCAUUGACAUGUCAUAUAUAUGAAAUCUAGGCCUACUGACUGUGCUCGAAUUUCCGAAAGACAAGACAAAUCACCAAAAUCAAAAAGGGAAAUCAAAGUCGUCAUCAUCAGUGACAUUGCUACUGAUACUGCUGCCGAAAGCCAAGGCAAACUCAAACGGGUUCUCCAACUAAAAAAACCAAAACUAACUCUCUGCUCAGAAAUCUACUAAAGGAUUUCAGUAGGCCUAGAUCUAUAGAAUUUACAAUGUUUGUAGUGGUGAAUCAUGUUUCUAACUCCUAAAAAUGUUCCAAGGAUCUAGAAUCUGGUUGGACUAUAAUAAUAAUGAGUCUUUCUUUUCAGACUACUAGAUUCCAGAUCUUUAUAGAGAGUUGAAAUGUUUCAAGAACUGUCUAAAAAUUUCACUACUGAGCUAGCAGAAGAAAUUUCCAAUCAGUGAUCGUAAGAAAUAAGAAAAAGACAGGCUUGGGGACUGAGAAUGAGGAUUCAUGACCUCUAGAUGACUCUGACACUUGUCGACUAGUGAGUUUUCUGCCUUGGAAACACACAGAGAGCAACGCAUUUUAAUUAUGAUGAAGUGAUGGUGGUGCACAAUUUAGCCCAAUAUUUGGCUUCCUCGAUUUUAAAUUCUUCUCUUCAAGUUCAAGUGAACUUGAAAAUAUAUGCUUGCAAAAGUGGUGCCCUUCCAGUUCGACCCACAGCAUCGUUUCUUGUAGUAAAUUACGACCAUUAUAAUGAAAAACAUUAGCAAAUACAUUCUUGUCUACAGACAACAGGCUGCUCAGCCGAGACUGUUGAUGACAGAUGUCUCCUCACAGUCAUGUCUUCUAUCGGUUGUUCGGCACUUUGCUUCUCUAAGAUUUGCAUCCUUGCUUGCCAUUAGCCACGGUGGACUUCAAAAUAAAAGUAGCAAUGCCUCUGUCAUCAGUUGUCGCAACUUAUCUUAUGAAUCAAACUCUACAACAUCGGAUUUGUUGGAGGAAGACAAUUCAAGGAAGCGAAAAGAAGAAUGUCAAGUUCAAAAUGAUAAGUGUACCGCGAGGAGUGAAAACGUAUUUCCAAAUAAUUACUGCAUGUCAACUGAAAAAGUGAAUGCGAGUGAAACACCUUCAGCAGAGGGUGCUUUUGAGGCCUUGAACAGAGGAAAAGAAAGCUUAUUAUUGCAUAAGAAACAUGGGCCAAUUAUUGCUUCGCUGCUUCAGAAAACGUACCAUAAUCUUGUGAGGAAUGAACACCUUCAUUAUAAUGUCUCACAAGCAAGCCAAGAUGGAGAGGAUCAAGCUAAUCAGUUGUCUGCUAACGAGAAAAGGGAAAUCCAUGGCAAUGAUGUCAUACAUAUCUCACAAAGCUCACAUGCUGACAGUCGGAGAGACAAACCUCCUGUUUGUUCCUUUCCCAUUGAUGAAUCUGCUCAAGAACACAGCUUACUUCUGUCAAGAUAUAGACAAAAGUUUCACCAGAAAAUGUUCUUGAAGUACCAAAGACCCUCUUCUCGAGAAGCAGGCUUGCUGACCAAAGAAUAUGGCGAAGCAGAAGACCUUGUGAGAGAGACAGUCUCACCAUUUAUUGCAGCAGGUGUGAUUUCGUCUUGCUCUCCUUGUGUAACAAGUCACCUGAAAGGAUUCUAUUGGAAAGCCUCACUAUCACUCUACUGGCCAGUGAAGAUAGGUUGUACAGGGAUGCACCCAGUGAAAGAAGAAGCCGUAAGAAGGGCCUAUCUGCUGUUAUGCGUUGAAUUGAAGAAAGUGGGCCUCAUUUGUCGAGGCAAUGAUGGCAGAUGGACGCCUCUUAAGUGUGACCAAGUCGUGAGCAUGCUUGAUCAACUGGCCAGAUACGGUGAAAUUACCGUGGGGAGUUCCAGAGGUCGGGGGUCGAAAAUUGUGCUUGAACAGUUAAAGGGCCGGAGAGAGGGAGAUAUUUUCACGAUUAAUCACAAAGCAGUGCCUGCAGAACAGAGAAAAAGGCUGAAAAGAUGUCAGCAAAUGGAGAAUGACACUAAGAAAGUGUUGACUGAGGACUGUUUUGAAACUUAUAAGGGCCAAGGAUAUAACACAUCUCAUGACAUGAAGAAAGAAUCUGAAAAAUUAUUCUCAGGCAAUGACAGAGAUAAUUCUUUGCAAAAGUCGGUUACUCUUAAAAAUCUUAUGGAUGACACGAACAGGCUGUUGGACUUUGAGCCUUCCACGCUUGAGAUCGACAGUUCAAUGAGCUCUGGUCCUCUUGUUGACGAAGUCGGUCGCUCGAUGGACAAAGAACGUCUCUCAAAGGAUCUGAAAUGGAAGUGUACGGUACAUGUGGGCUGGCCUCUCCCUUUCUCUGUGUACAGCUAUGGUGUGUCUCUGCCUUCUGCUCAGAUGGUUGGCUACAUGGCUGUGGCAACAAAAUUAAAGCUGUAUGACCUGCUGACCAAAUGUAACAACCAAGUGUGUGGACUGACUUUGGAGCACCACAUUGUCAACGAGACAUUGAAGCAAUGGGGGAGUCAAUCUCUGCUGUGGAACUCGGACGAUGUUGCAGAGUUUGAAGCUGAUGCCGAGAUCUUUUGUGAUGCUUCCAAUGAUGGUUUUGGGGCUUACUUACUUCAGAAAGACACGCAAAAGGUUAGCUGGAUAAGUGAAUGCUGGAAAAAUCAACCGAACGUCCUUCACAAACUGUGCACUAAGAAUGGCCAAUACUUGCACUCGACUCAAGCGGAGCUGUUUGCCCUUGUAACUGCUGUCUUUUCCUGGAAGAAGAAGUUACGCCACAAAAAAGUGUUGAUUUUCAGCGAUAACAUGACGUCGGUCUGCAUGGUGAACACCUAUGGCAACACAUCUGUGACUAGUGACAUGUGUGUGGACUCCAACGACUAUUUGAUCCAGGUGCUACAGUUCACUCGCAGCGUUUAUUUCCUCCAGCUGAAAGCGGUCUGGCUGCAGCGAGAUCGCAACCAGCUGGCAGACCAUCUGUCUCGCCAGGACUUACAGUUCUUUCGAAGAGCGUUGCCCAAUGCUGCACUUAACAAGACCAAAGCCAAAAAGCUGAAAAUUCAUGGAAAUAGCUUUUGGGCAGAUGGAUUAUGAUGACUAUAGUUUUAUUUUAGUGUCACUGUCUAUGUUUUUUGUGAAGUUUCCUAUUUAAUUAUCCCUUUUUGAGCCGUACCGGCCUAAACCGGCCUUAACCCCCGGGGCAGUGCCACUGUCUUUAGGCCAUUCCCAAAAGAGGGACAUUUUUCGUUCAAGCACAGUAA